CCACGCCCACUUGUUCGAACGAAAUGUACAUGCGUGCGCGCUCCCAUUCUCCACAGCUCUCGGUUUUGCUCGCUCUGUGUUGAUAGCGGCUUUCUGCUCCCACACGUGUAAUCUCUUAUAUGUGUCGCUCUCUCUUUGGGACCCCUCAAUAAGCAGACCCCGCUCCAUCAGAAAAGGUGUAAAGCCAUAGAAAUCGACCACCAUGGGGGCUUAUCUGUCUCAACCUAACACGACCAAGACCUUUGCCGAUGGCGGCAACAGCACCCUGAGCUACGGCUUCUCUGCCAUGCAGGGCUGGCGCGUCUCCAUGGAGGACUCUCACAAUUGUAUUCCAGAGUUUGACGAGGACACAGCCAUGUUUUCUGUGUAUGAUGGACAUGGAGGUGAAGAGGUGGCUCUGUACUGUUCAAAGUACCUUCCUGAAAUCAUCAAGGAGCAGAAGAACUACAAAGAUGGCAAACUGCAAAAGGCUCUGGAGGAAGCCUUCUUGGUCAUCGAUGGCAAAAUAACCACAGAGGAUGUCAUUAAGGAGCUGGUCCAGAUCGCUGGGCGGCCCACAGAGGAGCCGCCUGUGGUCAAGGUGUCACCGGAGGACGAUUUGGAAACGGAGGAGGCUGCUUUGCUCCAUGAGGAGGCCACCAUGACUAUAGAGGAGCUGCUGGUACGCUAUGGCCAGAACCUCAAUGCUGUCAAGCAUGCAGCUGCCAUCAGUGCUGCUGCUAAGAAAGCAGCCAGCUCCAACCCCAACCCCGAGGCCUCGGAAAGCAAAGGUGAAGCUGGGAAAGGAAAGGAGGAGGUAGUAAAUGGAGAAAUGGAGGAGGAGAGCAAUGGAAAAGGGAAGAAAAGCGAAGGAGCGGCAAGUGGAUCGAAGCUGCGAGCAUCCAGGAGAUCAGGAGGCGAGGCCAGUGGUGCAGCAGCCGACUGUGGGUCAGGAAGCGCCAAUGGGGCGGGAAAGGCCGGAAAGGCAGAAGGAGACGCAGGUCCUUCCUGCUCGUCCUCCAAGGCUGUAGCAGAUUCAAAGUCCAGGUUCUUCGAUGACAGCGAGGAGUCUGACGGAGAGGAGGAGGGCAGUGAGGAGGAGGAUUGUAGCGAAGAAGACGAUGGUGACAGCAGUGAGAUGGAAGAAGAGGAGGAUACAGAUGAUGGAGAGGAAGACUCAGAAGAUGAGGAGGAGGAGGAAAUGUGCCUUCCUGGAAUGGACGGGAAAGAGGAGCCCGGCUCUGACAGCGGCACCACGGCUGUGGUGGCUCUGAUCCGAGGAAAACAGCUGAUCGUGGCCAACGCCGGAGACUCUCGCUGCGUGGUGUCUGAGCGCGGCAAAGCUGUGGACAUGUCGUACGACCACAAGCCUGAGGACGAGCUGGAGCUGACCCGCAUCAAAAACGCUGGCGGGAAAGUGACCAUGGAUGGGCGGGUCAACGGGGGGCUGAACCUCUCCAGAGCUAUUGGUGAUCACUUCUAUAAGAGGAACAAGGCUCUGCCUCCAGACGAGCAGAUGAUCUCCUCCAUGCCAGACGUCAAAGUCCUGACUCUUAACGGGGACCACGACUUCAUGGUCAUCGCCUGCGACGGCAUCUGGAAUGUGUUGAGCAGUCAGGAGGUGGUGGACUUCAUCAGUGAGAGGAUCAAACCAGACCAGAGCGGCAAAGUCAAAUCCCUCUCAUCCAUAGUGGGAGAGCUGUUGGACCACUGUUUGGCCCCCGACACAUCUGGAGACGGGACCGGAUGUGACAACAUGACCUGCAUCAUCAUCACCCUCCGGCCUCACCCGGCCACCGCUCAGCCGGACGACAAGAAGAAGAGGAAGCUCGAGGACGAGAAGAACGGCAACGACAGCAAAAAGGCCAAAAGUGAAUAAAGGCAGAGAGAAACGGAGCCAGAGGCAGCAGCUGGUCCCGGCUCCCCAGAGGCAAACUCUGCUCUCCAGUUGAUCCCUGCCGCACAAACAUCCCCCUUCAAAACAAAUUUAAAUGACUAUACGUAUGUUCAAAGAUCGGCUGAACUGAGAUCAUCGGUAUAGUUUUUUAUUCUCACUUUAACGCCCUUUCAGUUAUUUCUUUUUGUUGGUGUCGCUGUAAAGACUUCUUAAAUUCAGAGGAGUCAUACAUGCUGAAUAGUUCAUUAUUUUCCAAGUAUUUGUAACUAGAUGCCGAAUGAUCCAGUCUAUAGACAUCUGUGUAUUUCUAAACAUUAAGAGACGUCUUAUCUCCUCUGCAGACAUCACUGCCCUCUGUUGUGAAAAUAUUUCCCCACAUGGCAGUUUCACAGUUUUGUUUCAGUGGAAGUUUGAGGAUAGCUCUCCUAGUGGCCUGUGUAUGAUUGCUUUUGACAUAUUACAGUAAGACACACAUUUUUCAUUGCCGUUUUGAAAUAUGAAACAUGACACAUGCAAGCUACUUUCCCAAUAUGGAAUCGCACAAUGCUUUGUGUUGUGCCCAAUUGUAUCUCAAAGUGCCAUUAAAUCCCUUUUUUUUAUAGGCACCAUUUCACAUCCUCAAAUGAACUGAAGGGACCCGAAAUGGCUUCAGAUAGACGUGUAAAAGUUACGCUAUUGAAAAUGAUUGAAAGGGGAUAUUAUUGUCUUUUGUAGUCAAUUUAAAGACUCCAGGAGCAGCGAGAGUGAGCAUACUUGUCCAGUGAAUGUGCCGCAGAAUGUUCCCUAUUUAAGUGAAGGAUUCGGGGAACUAGCCCCUUCGGUUCCAUAACAGCCCAAUCAAAAACAACACAUCCCCGUUAUCUGGCCUUUAUUUCCAUUCCUGCUUUGUUUCUGGUUUUGAUUAGAUUCUGUAAAUAUCCACACAAAUAUAAGAUGCCAGGGUUUCUUGAACUAGUGUACUUUUCUGUGGCCAUCCAGAGACAGGUGGUGUUUGAAGCCCUUCUCCACCACAUUCCCUCUCACCGUCUGUCCACUGUGUUUUAGUAAAAAAAAGUAUUUCCACUCAAAUGUUUGUUGUUAUUUUUCUUUUUCUAUUUUGAUGUAACAGUUAUAGGAAGUUUAUUUUCUUACCAGCACACUCUGGAAACGCUGUACUGUGGAGAGGAUGCACAAGGUUACUUUUGAGUGGAAAUACAGUCUGAAGCUCAGAGCACCGAGACAGCGUAACUGUUCAGAAUAUUUCUCGUCUUUAUUCGCAGAAUCCUCAUUUAAACCGCACCGUGUGACUAUAAGUUUGUCUCUAGUGUACUUUCUUGUCACCAUUCCCCGUUUUUCUGUAAAUAGUUUUUUCAAUACUUGUAAUUGAAGAAGAAAAAAGCUUUUUCUUUGUAAUUGUGAGUCAAUGUGAAAUUUUCGGUGCAUACUCUUUUGACACCAGUAUGUAAGUACAUACAAAUACAUUUUUUUAAAUAAUCAUAAA